AACGGAAGACUCGGCAGGAGUGAAUGAUACAGGUGCAGUUGCUUCUGCCGUCUCUUGGACUAAAACCCUGCCGGAGGUGGUUGAUUUCACAUUCUUUUAAAGGGUUCCGACAGAUCUCCGCCACCGCCAAGAUGUCAACGGAGAGUUAUGCCUUCGGGUCGUAUUCCAUAAGUUGUAGAGAAGUGUUCUACACCACCCCUCUUUCGUUUGCCUUCGUCAACCUCCGCCCUGUUGUUCCUGGUCAUAUCCUGUUUUUCAUUCAAAAUUAGAAUGAUACAUUCUGUGAAUGAUUCAGUCAUAUAUUUGUUAUGUAGUUAUGACCAAAAUUAAACUGGGUAACUUCCUUUUGUUGCCUUUAGUUUAGUUGAAAACAAGGUGCAGUUUUGUUAGUUUGCAACAUGUUAUAGACAGAGAUAUGUAAGCAUCCUGCUGCUGCUGAAGUAAUUUUCAACUGUAUCUACUAGUUUAAACGGUUGAGUUCUACUAUUGAAAUAUGACUGUAGGCAGGGGCAGAGGCAGAAAUUUUUUUCGGGGGGGCAAAAUACUAAAAUUUUCAAAGUUCAGGGGAGGCUAGAUAAUUUUUCAUAAACUAAUUGCAAGAUUUUCCAAAUUUCAGGGGGGGCGAGCGCCACCCCUCGCACCCCCCUGGCUCCGCCACUGACUGUAGGAUAUAUGCCAUUUUCCUUAUUUUAUUCGUCCAAUAGCUCAAGACCUCAUGUCUUCUAUAGAUAUAGUGUUCUUUUCUAAAAAAUACAUACUCGGGGCUGCAUAAUAUGCUGGGCCGAGAGCUGCUGAUUAUAAACUUUAGGUACAUGAUGUUGAUAUCAAUUUCUUAUCCAUCUUGUAAAUAUGCUUAUCCACCCAGGCAUUGGAAAAGGUUGAGUGCAUUGUUUUGCCUGGAUGAUUUUGUUGUUUAUGGUGCUACACAGUUCCAUGCUCCUAUAAGAUAUGGAAGGAACAGUUUGACCUGAUUAUGUUAAGCAUCCAAAUCAUCAGGCCCUGACAUACCGAAAUUUGUAGAUUUUCCUUUGGUAUAAACAUGUGUAAUCUUCAUUCAGCUUGUUGAGAAACCAUAUACAGGAUGGAGCCAAGUUUUUAGUUUGUUUUGCUUGACAUUAGAUACAUGUACUUGUCUGCCCAAGACGUGAAGUUAAGCGAUUUGCUGAUCUCACUGUUGAUGAGACCAGUGAUUUAUGGAUAACAGCACAGAAGAUUGGAAGUCAGCUUGAGAGCUAUCAUAAGGCAUCAUCACUGACGUUUACCAUCCAAGAUGGACCUCAGUCAGGACAAACAGUACCUCACGUUCACAUUCACAUCCUCCCAAGGAAAGUGGGUGACUUUGAGAGGAAUGAUGAAAUCUAUGAUGCAAUAGAUGAGAAGGAGAAGAAAUUAAAGGAAAAGCUUGAUUUAGACAAGGAAAGGAAGGACAGAAGCGUCGAGGAGAUGGCUCAAGAGGCGGAGGUAUAUAGAUCACUUUUCACAUAAAACUCUUGUUUCAUAUACAAACUGUUGUUGAUUUCCAUGGCACUUUAGUUUAUUUGGACAAGUAUUAUGGCUUCUGUUACACAUAAUUGGUGCAUUCCUAGUUUGGUAUCAUUAUGUUAUGCUAGGAGAAAUAAUGUAACAUGAGCAGACCAGGAAGAAGACAUGGUGAUUGGAUUGUUUGAGAACAAUUU